AUGUAUCCUGACAAAGCAGACAAUCACCAAGUACCUAAAACACCAACAACAACAUCAACAAAUAUUAUUAUGCACUUGGAAAAUGAAUUAUUAGAUAUUAGCGAAGAUGAAUUAAUUGAAAUUUUAAAACCAAAGCUCGAUAAACGUGAACCAACAUCAUAUUCACCACACGAUGAACCAUAUGCACUAACAAUUGAAACAACACAAGCAGAAAUGAAUGAAUUCAACUUAAAUGAACAACAACAACAACAAUUAUCAAAUACACAAACCACCAACAGCACAAUAUCAAAAUCAGAAAAACAAAAACAAAAACAAAAAAAUGAAAAACUUAAAUGGAAACAAUGGAACAGACCAGAUUUUCAAAAUAAAUUAACAAGGCCAAUAUAUUAUAAAUAUGACUUUAGAAAAAUACGUGCUCAAUUACGUGAUGAUAACAUACAUACAAGUCAUCAAAUAACAAUUAAUCGUAAAUACCAUGAAGUUAUUAUUGGCUUUAAAUAUCGACAAGAAUUAGAACAUGCAACAAAUAUUAUAAAAAUAAAUUAUUUUUCAAAAGCACAAUACUCUGACCGAUGGAGUUAA